AUGACGAGCGCCAAGGCGAAAAUCCGCCAAGAGCUCUCUGCGUACGAAGAAGCCGUGGAGAUGCUUCGCCAAUCGACAAACUACAUUUACCAGAGCGCGCUCGCGUGGCACUUGCAGCCGCAGCUCGCCCUCGACGGCGUCAACGGCGCUCUCUCGUGGCCAAUGGCGCCCCGCCAAAGCCAGCAGCUUGCAGAACGGUACGCGCACCACUGCAUCCUUCCAGCAACGUGCGUUCGCAUCAUCAACAAGGCCGCUUGGACAUUGCUUCUCCACACGAGCUUGUUGCCUGCUGUUCAGAAGGCACUUGGUGUCACCCGCAUCCAAGUCGGGGCUAUCUACUCCCAUCUUUGCGUCGAUGCGCACGGGUCGUCGGCGAGUCUGACACCGCGAUCGAACAUUGCCAAGGCAUUUGGGACGCUCCUCGUCACGCUGCCGGCAUCGGAAGAAGGCGGCGAGAUCACGGUUGCUCGUGGCGGGCACUCGGCAACACAGUGCCCAUCGCCAUUGACGGCCCAAGUCUUGGCCACGUUCUUGGAUGCACGAAUCACGUCGGCGCCUAUCUCGUCAGGUCGUCGUACUGUGCUCGUCUACGCGCUGGUGGCUGUCGAUGGCGGUAGCGUCGAUGUGCCGCCAACCCGCGACGCCGCCCUCGCUGCCUGGACGGCGAUCGCCGAGCGCCCGCCGCUCAGAAUGCAGCGCAUUGGCAUGCGCAUCAAGAACUGCAAGCAGUGCUGCCUAUCUUUUUCGGACCUUGUGCCACAGGACGCUACGCUAGUCGACGCGCUCUUGGCGACGGGCCGCUUUGACGUGGCGCUUGUCCAGCUCAAGACACGCGUCUUUUCCUUUGGCGACGAAAACGUCGGCGAGGAGGGGCAUACCAUUGGAACAGCCUCGCUGCACCCUGCGUGCUCGAUGCCCUGUGACGUCGCCGUCACAGGCCAUUCGAUCGACGCCUUUGUCGGCGCCCAAUGGCGUGGGGUCAUUUGUUGCGCUCUAGUGUUUUGGCCCACGUCGCUUCGCACGAGCUUUGUGGGCCUCGACCGCGCGCUGCGUCUCGCACACGGCGCGAUCACCGAGACAAGUGAAGGCACUGGUCGCCUUGGCCUGAGCGUACGUGACGUUGUUUGCGGUACCGUGGCCACCUUUGCAAGGACGAGCCCACCGUCUUGUACGAUGAGCGUGGCGCACCUUGUCAUUCAGAGCCGUGACGUCAACCUCAUGGACCGCUUUCUUCGCGACGUGAUGCCGGUGACCAUGACGCUGGUCGGCAUGGCCACCAACGUCCAUGCGAGCUUGCGCGCGUUCGGCUGGACGGCAAUCUUUCCUGCGCUCGAAGCCUUUUUGAAGCGCUGGCUGACGGCACGGGAAGCGAGCGACGUGAGUCGUCUCAUUACGAGUCUGGCGGGCAUCUUCACUGGUGGUACCGCGCUGUGCCCGCCGCUGCGACAGCCGUUUGUGGCCGAGUUUGUCAAAAUGUGCUGGCAGCAUUUGCUCUCGACGGCUACCCCGCCCAUGCAGCACUGGAUCCUCGUGGACGCGUACUUCAGAGACGAGGCGCCGCAGCUCGUGCACAACCAUUGGCUCGACACGCGGCUUCCGCCCGUGCUGAUUGGCAAGGUCGAUGGCUUUCUGUACGGACGCUCCUUUGCAUCGGCGCUUGCACGCAAGCACAUGUCCGCGUCCCAGCAACUCCAACACCUGCCCAGUGGACUCGCCCAGGCGAUUGCAUGCCACCCGACGCUUCCCCGGCAACGGUACCUUGACGUGCUGGCGACCUCUAUCGACCAACUCUUGCGCACACGCGCCGUACGGGAGAACCUACAAGCUAUGCCGGCGUCGUCCAGUGAUAUUGGCCACAUUGUGGGUGCUAUGCACUUUCUGGGCUGCGUCAAUGCGGCACUGCUGACUGCGUGUCAAGUGAUGAGCAGCCCCGAGCGCGUCGUUGCUGGUCUUUUGCUGUUUCUACAGCUGUCAGUGCCACCCGUGCCACCCUCGGUUCAGUCGACCAUUGCGGACUUUGUCAAGUCGGCGACACCGACGUUCACAUAUACCGAUCACACGCAGCACUCGGUUGUCCUCAGUAGCAUCGUCGACGUGAUCGAGGUGCUCACGCUUACCACGCCUCGCGAGGCGCUGCCGUUUGUGACUUCUUGGCGGGCAGCACUGCCAGCGACAUUGGACGCGACCCGCUCGUGCCUCUACCCCGUCAUCGAGAUGCUCUACCGCCGGUUUCAAAGCAAGGACCUCGACCUUGUCCGUUGCUACAAGGCGGCGCGCUAA